AAAUUUAAACUUUACAAAAAAAAUAAUUCCCAAAAUCUCUUCGUGUCUCUCUCUAUUUAUUAUCUAUAGCAAAACUCAAACCCUACCGUUAGGUUUAUUUCAUUCAUUCAUCAAUCAAAUCAAUAGAGCAGUGCAGUGUUCACUGCGUGCUUCUUCCUCUUUCUCGUUCUCAUUCACUUCUCAUCAAUACGAUGUCGUAUCGCCCAAACGCAAACUCCAGGACCGAGGUCCGUCGCAAUCGAUACAAAGUCGCUGUCGAUGCUGAAGAAGGUCGCCGACGCCGUGAGGACACCAUGGUUGAGAUCCGUAAGAAUCGUAGAGAAGAAAGUUUGAUGAAAAAGAGACGCGAAGGUCUUCCACCUCAGCAGAUUCCUUCUUCUCUUCACUCCACCGUCGUAGAGAAGAAGUUGGAAAAUUUACCAUCCAUGGUUGCUAGUGCUUGGAGCGAUGAUAAUAACUUGCAGCUUGAGGCAACAACUCAGUUUCGAAAGCUGCUUUCUAUUGAACGUACUCCACCGAUCGAGGAGGUUAUACAGACUGGUGUAGUUUCUCGUUUUGUUGAGUUUCUGAUGAGGGAGGAUUUUCCACAGUUGCAGUUUGAGGCAGCUUGGGCUUUGACAAAUAUCGCUUCUGGAACGUCUGAAAACACUAAGGUGGUAAUUGACCAUGGGGCUGUCCCAAUUUUUGUGAAGCUCCUUGCUUCUUCUAGUGAUGAUGUUCGUGAACAGGCAGUGUGGGCUUUAGGAAAUGUUGCUGGGGAUUCUCCCAGAUGCCGUGAUCUUGUUCUCGGUCAUGGAGCCUUGGUUCCUCUUUUGGCACAAUUGAAUGAACAUGCCAAGCUUUCUAUGCUGAGGAAUGCUACCUGGACACUUUCUAACUUCUGCAGGGGCAAGCCACAGCCUCCUUUUGAUCAGGUUAAACCUGCACUUCCUGCCCUUGCUGGUCUUAUUCAUUCAAAUGAUGAAGAAGUCUUAACUGAUGCCUGCUGGGCCCUUUCAUAUCUUUCUGAUGGUACAAAUGAUAAAAUUCAAGCUGUAAUUGAAGCUGGUGUUUGUCCUCGACUGGUUGAGCUUCUACUGCACCCAUCUCCUUCAGUGCUAAUUCCUGCUCUUCGUACUGUUGGAAACAUUGUCACUGGAGAUGAUCAGCAAACUCAGGUUAUCAUCAAUCAUCAGUCUCUUCCUUGCCUAUUCAAUCUGCUGACCAAUAAUUAUAAAAAAAGCAUCAAGAAGGAAGCUUGUUGGACCAUAUCAAACAUUACAGCUGGGAAUAAACAGCAGAUUCAGGCUGUGAUUGAGGGCAAUAUAUUCGGUCCUUUGGUGAACCUGCUUCAAAAUGCUGAAUUUGAUAUUAAGAAAGAGGCUGCUUGGGCUAUCUCAAAUGCUACAUCUGGUGGAUCUCACGAACAAAUCAAGUACCUAGUAAGUCAGGGGUGUAUUAAGCCCUUGUGUGAUCUUCUUAUCUGUCCCGAUCCUAGGAUUGUGACAGUUUGUCUGGAAGGCCUGGAAAACAUCUUGAAGGUUGGAGAAGCUGAUAAGAAUAUAGGCAAUACUGGUGACGUGAACCUAUAUGCCCAAAUGAUUGAUGAUGCUGAGGGUUUGGAGAAAAUUGAGAACCUCCAGAGUCAUGAUAACACAGAGAUUUAUGAAAAGGCUGUGAAGAUUCUUGAGACAUACUGGUUGGAGGAAGAAGAUGAGACUAUGCCUCCAGGGGAAGCCGCACAAUCAGGAUUCAACUUUGGUGGCGCAGAGGUUCCUUCUGUGCCUUCUGGAGGAUUCAACUUCAAUCAGUAGAUGUUCAUGCUUUAACGGGGACAUGUCUUCUAUAUUUAGCCUUUUCUGGAGUUUUUGGCUGGUCUAUCAUUAGAGUCUUCCGGUAUGAUGGGACAAAGCUGGGGUCGAAUCAAUGUGUUGUUUCUUUGUGUCCAACAAGGUCCAACAUUGGUAAAUAGAGCAUUGCAUGAUUAGCGUAGGCUUCUACAAUGCCUGGUUUUUCAUAUCUCAUAUGGUGACAGAUGUGUGGUGGCUUGAUUUUUUUGUCACCGAAAGAUAAUACUACUGGACCUCUGUGAAGUGAUAAUUGCAUAAAAUGAAUGUUCAGUGUCAUGAUUUUUUCUUUCAUUAUAUUGUAGUAGUUUGGAGUCACCAAGUUUUAGUUACAAUUGUGGGUUGUUUUGGCAAAAUGCCAGAUGCUCGUUAGAGUUUUUACCCGUCUGUUACCUUUGAAUUUUUUUUUGUCGAUGAAGUUUACCCUAGAGUCAAGUUGUUAUUCAUUAUGUUAUCCAAUAUCCAGUGUCCCUAUUAUUAUUGAUGAAAAUUUGUUUUGCAAUGUCUUAAAACAGGAAAUAGAUAGUGUGGUGCAAUCAUUUUGUAUUAUGUAUAGUUCACUCGCUGCUUUUAUUAA